CGUUGGCAGACGGCGCAGCUCCGUACCUCUCACCGCUGUCCCUGUAGCAGGAGUGUCCGCCGCGAUUACACCUAUUUCUGCGCCCGAUUGUGCAAUAUAUCCUCUCAAACUAUCACGUAAAAAGAAAUUAUUUAAGUUGCUGUUGAUUCUGUCAGACGUACACGCGAUUUAACGGCGUAUUGACUCGGUUUUCGCUUUGUUUUGGAGGCCUGUCGCGAGCUGAGAGAGAUCCUCGGGUUCGCUUCUGGAAAAGGCUGGGCCGAGACUGCGCCGAGACCGGGAAUGGAGCUUCUGGACUUGGAUAAUCAAUAAGCUCUCCUGAUAACUCCUUUUGAAUAUGUGACGCCACCUGGACUCCUGGCUGCCUCUGCACUCCACUGUUGCUAAUCUACCAGCCCCCUGCAGUCCCAACAUUCACUGUAUCCCCCGUCUCUACAAAUGUCCACCAUGAAUCGUUACCUCCCUGUGGCCAGACAGCACUUCCUGGCAGCUUUAGCCAGCACCAGCGUUGUUGUGAAGUCCAUUAGCGCCGUGGUAGUCUUGCUCUAUCUCCUAUCAUUUGCGGUGGACACUUCUUACGCGUUAGGAAUCACGCCUGGAUAUCUUUUCCCACCGAAUUUCUGGGUUUGGACUUUGGUGACACAUGGCGUGGUGGAGCAGCACAUCUGGGGCGUGGUCGCGAACGUGGGGACAGUGAUGACGUGCGGACGCCUCUUGGAGCCGCUGUGGGGCGCUCUGGAGCUGCUGAUUUUCUUCGCGGUGGUGAACGUUGCGGCCGGUCUGCUCGCGGGGCUGUCCUACUUUCUUACGUACGUGGCGACCUUCGAUCUGGACUUCCUGUUUGCGGUGAGGGUCCACGGAGCGGCCGGGUUUUUGGGAGGCGUGCUGGUGGCGCUGAAGCAGACGAUGGGAGACACGACGGUUCUCAGAGUGCCGCAGGUGCGACUAAAGGCAGCCCCAGCCCUGGUUCUUCUUCUCCUGUCUUUGCUGCGUCUCUCGGGGCUUCUGGACAGCGCCGCCCCCCUGGCCGCCUACACGUACGGCGCUUUGUCUGGCUGGGUUUACCUGCGCUUCUACCAGAGACACAGCAGGGGCCGGGGGGACAUGUCAGACCACUUCGCCUUCGCCAGCUUCUUCCCCGAGGCGCUGCAGCCGGUGGUGGGCUUCCUGGCGGGUCUGGUGCACGCCGCGCUCGUCAAGAUCAAAGUGUGUCGGAAAAUGGUGAAGAGAUACGACGUGGGGGCGCCGUCGUCCAUAACCAUCAGUCUGCCUGGAACGGACCCCCAGGACGCAGAGAGACGGAGACAACUCGCCCUGAAAGCUUUAAACGAGCGCCUGAAGCGGGUGGAGGACCAGUCUGCGUGGCCCAGUAUGGAUGACGAGGAGGACGACGAAGAAGAUGAACUCAGAACACAAUCACAGCCCCUGCUUCCAGUUUCCUCUUCCUCCUCUGGACCAAUCACAGCCUCUGGCGCGCCCCACGGCAGCACAGUGCCAUCUACAGCCCCAGAGUCCAGUAUCAUCAGCUUUGAGGACGCACCUUCCAGAUCGUAAUACAAAAUUAGCAAAAAAUCCAAAAAACUGUGGACAGAAGUUAGGAGAGGGGCGCUGUACAGUUGAGAAGUUGAUGUUGACUCUUUAAGCACCACAUUUUCUUCUUGUUAAAGCUGAUUUUUCUGUCUUGGACUUUCUUGCAGAGCUCUGUUCACUGCUUCUAUGUAUGUUUCUCUUCGACUUUCUAAUAAAGAACGAAAUGGG